UUUUGUUUUUCCAUCACAAGCCAAAUAGACAUACAGACUCACACGCCUCUCUCUCUCUCUACCUGUCUUCCUUCUUUUCUCUUUCUGUUUCUUCACUUCUCCUUCUGUUGCUUGUUUAGUUCUUCUGGGUUUUCCUUUUUUAGUGGUUGAAGCCAAAAGUUUCAAUCUCUCUAGGUUUUUGUAGAGGGUUUUUGUAUGACUUCAUUGCUUUGAAGGGUCAGGUCAGGUUGUUUUUGUUUUGUCAGAGAGCAAGUGAAAGUUGAGAGACAGAGAGAUAUUUUAUUGGAAUUAUUAUGUUGGGUUAUGAGUUUGAGGAAGAUAUCAUCAAGAAGGGUUCAAUAAGAGUUUCUUUUACUACGAUUUUUUGAACGGUUUUUUCGGCUAUGGCUAUUCAGGAUCAGUGUGGAGGGACUCGACUGAAUCUGGUUCUCCCAGCAGGCAAUGGAAUUUCACUGAGUGCUACACUAAAUAAUGCAUCUGGGCAGCAACUAAAGGAGCAAUUCUCUUGUGGGAGUGAUUUCUCUCCCAAGGCGAGGAAACCAUACACCAUCACGAAGCAAAGAGAAAGAUGGACAGAGGAAGAGCAUAAGAAGUUCCUUGAAGCUCUAAAGCUUUAUGGUCGCGCUUGGAGACGGAUUGAAGAGCAUGUUGGCACAAAGACUGCAGUUCAGAUUCGAAGCCAUGCUCAGAAAUUCUUCUCUAAGGUUGUGCGUGAGUCUGGUGGCAGCAACACUAGCUCAGUGGAACCAGUUGAAAUUCCUCCUCCUAGACCAAAGCGAAAACCUAUGCAUCCUUACCCCCGCAAAUUGGCACAUCCUCUAGAAGAAGAGCUCCUUAUUCCUGAGAAGUCACUAAGGUCUUCUUCUCCAAGUUUUUCCAUUUCAGAACAGGAAAACCAAUCUCCAACAUCAGUAUUGUCUGCAGUUGGUUCAGAUGCCCUUGGUUCCACUGAUUCAGACACACCAAACCACAGCUUAUCUCCAGUUUCAUUUGCUGGUGGUGUUCAUCAUGCUGAUUCGUCUCCUGAAGAGGAUGGAUCUCCAUCUCCAGCAACUGCUAAUUCAGUUCCUGAUGAGCAAUUUCCCAAGGUCGAGAAACUUGACUCCUCUCCCAAAGAAAAUGUGUCUUCUGGAGAACCUGUUGUUGAGGAAACAUCAACUCGAAGUCUGAAGCUCUUUGGAUGGACAGUAUUAGUCACAGAAUGCCAUAAACCAUCUUCUCCAAACAUGGGAACUUCUAAAUUGUCUACACCAGACACUGCAGAAGAAAAACUUGUGCGACCAUUAACACUGAACAAUGUGGCCACAGAAUUUCCGUCCAGGAAUGGGGAAUCCACUUGGAGUCCUUUGCCACAUGGAUCUCAUGGAGCAUUAUGUUACAUGAAAUUUCAAAAGGAAAACUCAAGUCCUGCACAAAAGGACUCUGCUACUCUGCCUUGGUGGACUUUUUAUGGAGCCAUGCCAUUUCCUUGCAUACCAUUUCACAAGAAAGAGCCCGCAAUAGAAAAUUUAGAUUCAAAAGGAGAUGAAGUCCAAGAUAAAGAGAUUCCAAAGGAAGUAUCUUGGACUGGUUCCAACUCUGGAUCAGUGAGUGAAGGGGAAAACGGAGAUAAAAACAUGGAUGCUGAGACUGAAAGUCAACAAUUUUCUUACGAGGAAAAAGAGCUAUCCCCAAUUUUUGAGCUUAAGCUAACCAAGAAAUCAGCCUCAUCUGGAUCAAAAGUGAUCAAUGAAAAGUGCCCGAAAGGGUUUGUGCCUUACAAGAAACGAAUUGCGGAAAGAGACAGCCAAUCCUCAACAAUAACUGGUGAAGAGAGGGAAGAGCAAAGAAUCCGCCUUUGCCUGUAGUUAGCCUCAUCAGUCGGUCAUAAUUUCCCUUAACUAGAACAUAGAGCCUUUUUGAACAAGUUCAGGGUGAUGGACUGUGAGAAUGCCAGUUGCUGGAUGACUCAGAGUGAGAGGGGGAAUGGUGCCUAAGCAGUUGCCAUCUUCAGAAACUCUCUAGAUUCUCAUCUAGUUACUUAGUUUUUCCACCUUCAACUGUUUAUAUCUUUAUUUCCACCUUUUGUUGUAUGCAUCAUGUUCUGUCAAGCUUUUUUUCUUUCCCUUUUGAUCCUUUGGAUUAGCUUUCUAAUCUCUUAAAUUCUUUUGUUUCUUUGAACUAUGAAUCCCUUAGUACCCUAGUUUUGUUUUGGCCUCUGUACAAUAUCAUAAAGCCGUACCUAUUGUAUUUACCUCCAAGCAGCUAAGUCAGUUGGUAUUUAUGAAUCUGUCUUUCCCUA